AUGCCUUUCUUCCCGCACGUGUUCUGCCGGAAGAGAUUUCUGCAAAUUUAUUGGACGUUGUACGUUGCCUCAUGCCAUGAUGCCUCUUCAGGUCAGCCGUCAACUCGUGGAAGCGAAAUUGGAGACGUUCUGCAGUACAUCGACGCGAAAUGUCGAGAGCAUUUCAGAGCCGGCCCCAAGAUUUGCAUCGACGAGAGCACCGUUGGAUUCAAGGACAGUGUAUCUUUCAGAAGCUACUAUCCACAGAAGUCAACCAAAUCGGGCAUGCAUAUUUACGCACUUGCCGACUACCAAACGGGGUACAUUUCGGCAUUUGAGCCCUGCUACGGCAGCACAACAACUGACAGUCUCAGCUGCCCCGAGCUGCCCUUCACCUGCCAGAUUGUUCUGCAGCUGCUCCAGAAAGUGCAACAAGAUACGCCGGGGAGUGGCUACUAUCUCCGUACCGACAGAUUUUACACUUCGCCAAUGCUUGCCGAGGAGAUAAUUAGACAGAAAAUAUUAUUGACAGGUCCCGUGAUGCCGAAUCGCAAGCAAAUGUCACAGCAGGUCAAAAAGAAGCUAAACAAAAGUGAAGUGGCAGUUUACAGAAAAGGAGACUCCUACAUGGUGCUUCCUUGGAGAGACAAACGUCAAGUCGCCAUGCUUACUUCUGCCGACAAUGUAUCUAUGAAAGAAGUCACGAAGACACAACAGGAAGAAAGUGACGAUGAAUAA